GUGUACCCGCUGCGUCAGUCACGCCGUGGAGCCACUCGGCGUUCAACGACCCGCUGCGAGCAUCCCGAACGAUCGUCGACUUCUUGUACGCGUAUGCGAUAUUUUGUUUUUUAAUAAUCAUACUAAUAUUAUUAUUAUUUUGUACGGUCCGCACGUGUUGUACUCCGCAAUACUCGUAAUAAUAAUAUUACUAUUUAAAAAAUUGCCACUUGAACGAUUGCGCAAUUUAUUUUUGUUAAACUGAAUUAUUCGACCCGAGUGCGCGCGCGAAGACUCCGUUGGUCGUCGACGGGCAUGCUUAGUGCCGAACGGUGAGAGUUAAAAAUUCCACUCGGAUUGAUUACGGUGAACAAUCGACCGCCCCAUCCGAACGGACCAACUGAAAUUUCGCGUUUUUCGUUUAAACGUGUUCCGGUACUCGUUGACCAACACGACUAUUAUCGACGAUCAAUAGGUGUGACGAGCGUAAAUGACGACGAUCGCCGCGUUAUGUUAAAUCCGUUUAUGGACAAUUCGCCUUUGGCCAGCAGCAUGGGCGUUAAAGUCGAAGACGAUUACAUGAGCGGUCACCCGCAAGAUCAGUACCAUCACAUGCACUACGGACAGCCACCGCCACCGCAUUCCGGGUACCCGGGCGCCAGGGAUUUCUUGAUUCGUCGGGACGCCGCCGACUACCAUGCAGCCCAUCAUCAGCAGAGCGGCGGCAGCGCCGCGGACUUGGGCCUCUAUCCGGUGCAUCACGACUUGCAAUUGCACCAUCACCAUCACCACCAUCAGGUGUACCCUGCGCCCGUGCCCGUACCGCCGCCGGCCGUGGUACCCCGACACAACGACUACGGUCCGCAAGAUCCGUACGGCCAACAAGCUGGCGGCGCGUUCUACCGGUACAUGCGGCACGGCGGCGGCGGCGGCGGCAUCGUCGGAGGCCCAACUUCAGCUCUCAAAGACAUGUCGUGCUUGUGGAUCGACAAACCCGGUCCACCCAUGCGGACGUGCGGCAAGAUGUUCGGGUCCAUGCAAGACAUAGUUUCGCACAUCACGGUGGAGCACGUAGGCGGACCCGAGUGCACCACUCACGCGUGCUUCUGGCACGGCUGCGAGCGCAAGGGCCGCCCGUUCAAGGCCAAGUACAAGUUGGUCAAUCACAUAAGAGUGCACACGGGCGAAAAACCGUUUCCGUGUCCGUUCCAGGGCUGCGGCAAAGUGUUCGCUCGGUCCGAGAACCUCAAGAUACACAAACGCACCCACACAGGCGAGAAGCCGUUCAAGUGCGAGUACGAAGGAUGCGACAGGAGGUUCGCCAACAGUUCCGACAGGAAGAAGCACUCGCACGUGCAUACUUCGGACAAACCUUACAACUGUAGAAUAUCUGGCUGUGAUAAGUCUUACACUCAUCCCAGUUCCCUCAGGAAACACAUGAAGGUACACGGUAAUGGGAAACUCGACAGCGACGGCAACUACGAUUCGGAAGACUCGAACUGUUCGUCCGGCGCUUCCAUCAGAGUGACCGACAGCUGCACCACGACCACGACGCCCAGUAUCGUGUCGCCUGGCGAUCACCACGGCGGCGGCGCCCAGACGCCGUCCAUCCUACACUCGACCGGUACCUCGGCUCUGCCGUUGCCCACACCGCCUACCGCGUCCGACUGGUACAUGAACACGGGUGCGGGCAUACCGUCAUCAAUACAGCCAUCGGCCGUCGACCACGGUCACCAUUACUUGACGGACCUCAACCAUCAUCACCACCAUCAUCCGCACCACCACGCGUCUCUGAUGGCGCAUCACCAUCACGGCACUGCGGCAUAUUGAAACAAAUCCCCCGCUUCAUAUCUGAACAACAACAAUAAUAACAACAGCAUCGGAGGCCUAACGACUUCCGCCGAAUGGAGAUAGCACUACGCUGAUUCCGGUCCGGAUACGUCGACUGCACGACCUUUGAUUAUGUGCCGUACAACUGCUGUUAAUUACGUCGUCCACCGUAGACGUACCGUAACAACAGUUGCAACACAUUCGUGCACUGGACGUAUGCGCGCGUUGUUAUUAAUGUAUCCGUUGUAUUUUAAACGAAGCACAUCAUUAUGGGACGCCAUUUUGCUAUGUAGGCUGUCCUAAAAUUUUAUGGACAAACGUUUAACUACCGUGAAGUGGGGGCAACUUGUGAUUUUAAUAUUAGUUUUUAGUGUGAUAACUGACGGCUUUUUCAUUCACGGGUCGGUGUAUAGUUUUUAUUUGCAUUACGACGACUAGUUUUCAAUCAUCUAGUAUAUUAUAUAAAAUACACAUUUCUUUUUUUUUUUUAUUCAUGUAUAUUAUAAAAAUCAUAAUAUUCUGUGCCUUUCGAGUCAACUGUCUAUUUUACGUGGCGUUAAUUACGUUUAAAUCAAUAUUAAACGCGCAUAUUAAUGUUUAUGUUUUUCAACGAAUAAAUCAGUAUAAAUACUAAAUUAUUUCCUUCCGCAAUUUUAUGUUUUUUAAUUUGUAUUGUCUUAAAUAAUUAAAUAGUUAAUUAAUACUCUGAACAAAUUUCGCGCUAAAUAUUUGCAGUUAAAUGUAUUAAAAUAAAUUAUAUGUUAUGACGACAAUGCUGUACAAAGUUAUUUAUAAAUAAAUAUUAAUGCAUAUUUAUUAUAUAUAAAUAUAUAUAUAUAUAUAUAUGAACAAAUUAUAAGUGAUAUAAAAAAAAAUUAA